UAGUAAUGUCAUUUGUUCUUAGGGUGGUAAGCAGUACGCUUAACCAGUUUAUAACUUUUUUGUUUCCUUCCUGAAGAAUGCUACCACCCUCCACUUGGUCCUCAAGCCCAAAAGUUGGAAACCACUCUCUGCUGUGCUUUUUGUUAUCAGUUGACCACUAGGUUCUCAUGGAGAACUGUUACUGAAGAGAGGUCCAUUUGGUGGGAUGUAAUUUAAUAAAGAAUGAAUCGAGAUAAAACUUCUAAAUGCAAGAACCAGAAAAAUCGCAGCACAUCUUGGUGAAUUUGCAGUUGGGUUGUCUUUCCUUGGGUGUUUGCCAGGUACUCAUAGGACUGUAAAAUGGGUCUCCGGAUUCACUUUGUUGUUGACCCACAUGGUUGGUGCUGCAUGGGUUUGAUUGUCUUUGUCUGGUUGUACAAUAUUAUUUUAAUUCCCAAAAUCGUCCUCUUUCCACACUAUGAAGAAGGACAUAUUCCUGGCAUACUAAUAAUAAUAUUCUACGGCAUUGCUAUAUUUUGUCUGGUUGCCUUAGUGAGGGCCUCCAUAACUGACCCAGGACGACUCCCUGAGAACCCUAAGAUUCCACAUGGAGAACGGGAGCUCUGGGAAUUAUGUAACAAGUGUAACCUGAUGCGGCCGAAGCGCUCCCAUCACUGCAGCCGCUGCGGCCACUGCGUGAGGAGGAUGGACCACCACUGUCCAUGGAUUAACAAUUGUGUUGGUGAAGAUAAUCACUGGCUUUUUCUGCAAUUGUGUUUCUACACUGAACUUCUUACUUGCUACGCACUGAUGUUUUCUUUCUGCCAUUAUUAUUAUUUUCUUCCACUAAAAAAGCAUAAUUUGGACCUCUUUGUUUUUCGGCAUGAAUUGGCCAUCAUGAGGCUUGCUGCCUUCAUGGGCAUCACCAUGUUAGUUGGAAUAACGGGACUCUUCUAUACACAGCUAAUUGGCAUCAUCACUGAUACAACAUCUAUCGAGAAAAUGUCACACUGUUGUGAAGAAACCUCGAGGCCCCGAAAGCCGUGGCAGCAGACCUUCUCAGAAGUUUUUGGCACUCGCUGGAAGAUCCUGUGGUUCAUUCCUUUCAGGCAGAGGCAGCCACUGCGAGUUCCCUACCACUUUGCCAAUCAUGUCUAAACAGAUGGACGGUGGGCACAGAUGGGUCCUCCACGCUGGAAAUGCGUUACAGGUUUUGUGAUAAUAGAACUAUGACAGUCUUCAAGUCAAUUAAAAUCCACCCACCAAUCUUAGGCCUCAUAAUGUGCCCCAGGCUUUAUUUUAAUAGUGAUCUUGAUCCUGUUGUGGGACUAAUCCAAGAUCUAUAUUUAAGUUUUAAAGCAUGUUUACUUUUAAAUUAGCUUUCCACAGGGAUUUCUUUAAAUGCUUUUGUUAUUAAACUCAAAGGCAGUGAUUGGGAGAAGUAAUUGUACAUAAAUUUCUUCUAGUACUGACAGUGUUACAGAUUUUAAUUUGUGGGAGAUUUCAGAUGUUUAUUUAAAUUUUCACUUUUAAGCAGUACUAACCAAAUCUGAAUUUAAUUCUUCAGGUUUUACAAAACUUGAUACGCCUUCUUAUAUGUAAAUUUUUUUUCAAAUACAAAUUAAAAUACUUAAUACUUUUUUAUAUGUGCUGCAAGAUUUUUUAAAUGCAGCUUCAGAGUGAACAGUAAGGGCAGUGUUUUCUUAGGAGCAGCUUUCUGAUGUGUUCUCCUCUUCACCAAAACCAAAAUUAAAAAAGAAUCACUGAGAAAAAAUACCAACUACUUACCUUAUUAUAAAGAAAAAAUUAAUUUUUUCACAUUAAUUUUUCUCUUUGCUGUAAUUAUUGAUUGCCGUUAGAGUAUUUGUUCCCAGAAGAAAUUUGUGACCAGUGGUCAUACAUUCCUGUUUUAUCCUUAGAGUUUAAUGAACAAAAAUGGUAGAAAAUCUGCAAUAAUUUCUGUUACUUUUGCUAGUGUGGUAUGUUAGAAUGCUUACAUUUUUAAAAUACUAUAUAACUUGAUAAUAUAUAAUGUACAGUAUAAAGAGGAGGAAUAUUGUGCUUUUAAAUAAAUAUAUACUUUUUACUUGUAUUUAUCUACUAGUAGGUGUAAAAUUACACAUUGAAAGUUUAGACAGAUAGAUGUCAGGCAACUCAUAUUGAAAUUUUAUUUACUAGUAACUAGUAAGUCAGUCAUAAACAGCAAGUUACUGGUAAGGGUGACUAAGUUUUAUGCACCAGUAAUCACCUAAAUAGAAGUUAAAUUUCCAUUGGCCUACAAGUUGUGUUGCUCUAGAGACCUUUUAUUAGUAGCUUAUGUUAGGAAAUGAUUGUACAAUAAUGAAAUAAUAAUGAUCUAUAUUUAUUAUUAGCCUUAUACAAAUUUAAAUUAUUAGUAGUAAUGAUCUCUUGGAAAACAAAGAACAUUUGUGUGAAAAAAUACUUAGUGUGCUUUGAAAAAAUUUACCUUUUAGUUUUUCCAUUAGAAUUCUGCAAAAUCCAUGUUUUUAAAAACAUUAUGUACUUAGCAUUUUCCCUUAAGAGAAGAUUAAAAGAGUCUGCUAUUCUUGGACCAUAUUGGUACUUUUCUUUUAAUUUUGAAAGGAAGGGAUCAUACCUGGGAUGCAGUGAAGCAGAAGGUUACUGUUGUUAGCCAAUUGGCUAUACUAUGGCUAUCCUUUCAGAAAUUGUAAAGACCUUCUAAAAUAUUCUGAAAUUAUAGAAUAAGUUCUUUCAGAGAUAUUAGUAUCAUGUUUUUUGUGUUUUAAUUAUGUUUUACUACUUAAAAAGUUAGAAGUGGCGGAUGAAAGUAUAUAUUGGUGCUGAUAAAAUGUAUAUAGUAAAUUUAAUAUAAAAAUAUAGAUUAAUGAAACAAAAUUAGUGUCAGAAACAUCGGUUCAAUCUCGUGAAAUCUGAUUAACCAAAUUUGUUGGCAACAGAAAUAGUACGAGGAAGUAGACUGUAUAUUACAGGUGGAUGUCAGCUGAUUGCCCUGUGUUGCGUACGUUCCCGUCACGUGAGGACCGUGAGAAGACAGCUGAGCCAAGUGCAGGCUUAGAGAGCUUUAUGGGUGUAUUCAUGUGUGGCAGUAGCUAUCGUGGGGGAGGCCUCUUUCCUCUUCAAGGGUUUGUGUUUUUGGUGUUCUUAGAUUUACCACUUCUGGGGCGUAUCUUCCCUUUUCUCUUCACGUCCCCUGGUCCUGUUCCCUCUGUAUGCAGUUCCUCUAAGCUACACCACUGGGAACUAAAGCGCUAGAUAAGCAUAUGCUGGUUUCUUGUGAAUGGCAGAAAAGCUACUCACACUACAUGUGCAGAACAGUCGGUCUUAAUGUACAUCCAUAUAGGCGUAUGCUGUAGCUUUCAUUGUUCUCAGGUUACCGCCCUUAACCCUGCUGUGGGGGUUACAGUUCUUGUUAGACUACUGGAGAAGCCACUUGGCAGUUUCCUGGGGAUUACAUCAACUCUGUUCUCUCUGCGCCCUCUUUUGGCUAAUUGAUGUAAUUGUAUUGGCUCUAGGGGUGUCCCGUCCCAAAAGUAAAUUUUACACACAAAUUUUGAGCAUAUCAGAGGAAAAGUGUAUGUAUAAACAUGUAAAAUGUUAUGAAAAUGAAUGUUACUAUUUAUGAUUUAUUUUUAAUCCAUAGGAAUGUGUGGACUACUUUGCUUCAUUUCUGUACAUUUUUUUACUGUCAGUACAAUUUCAUAUCAGAUUAGGAUAAACUAGGCAUCUUGUAGUUUAUGUUAAACCUUAUUUUGGCAGAUUAAUUCCUUAGGCUCUUUAAAUUUUGUAGUUUAUUACAAAACACAGAAAUUUAUUGCAGUUACAUGGCAACCAUAUAUGCAGUAUGUUUUACUGGGAAUAUAAAAAUACAUUUAGUUUUUUCUGCCUCGGUGGAGUGACUUUUUUUUAUUGGCUCUACUAUCUUAAAUCAGCUAAUAAGAGAUUAGCACUUUUUCUGUGUGAUUUUUUUAAACUUUCCCAGAGUUAUCCAUGCACCUUUAGAUAUUCUGAAUACUUAUGAAAAUAACCAAAGGUGUUCAACCUUAGAAAAUAUGAGCAAUGAGGUUACUAAUAUAGUCUGAUGUUGACCAAAGCAUGUCUUUAUAAACUUUCCAUUUAAUUUUCGCAAGAUGUUUGAAAGAUGUUUUUACAUUACCAAAGUGAUUUAUUGACUUGUGGAGAUGAAGAGUUUUCACCAGGAUACAGUUCACCUCCUGAACAAUCGUGUUUGUUACUGUCUAUAAACAAAACUGUUUUGAGGCACAAUAUAGGCUGAAGAUCAUUGUCAAAAAUAGACCGAGUUCAGAAUCCCCCAAGCAGUGGAAAUUCAAUUAAAGAGUUCUUGGUACUUUGUAACCUAAAGUUUAAAAAUACUAACCUGAUGUUUCACUGUAUAAAAAUACUAUGCUAUUUUGAGUUGUAAUAAAAGUAUUUGUGGUUAACAUAAGGACAAACAUUUAAGAUUGCAGCUAACAAUAUUAAGCUCUUUUUCAGAAGAAAACAUAGUUUUCUUUCAAUGGCUUUGGCUGUAGCUCAGUGGAAGAGCAUAGGCAAGACCCCGGGUUCAAUCCUUAGCACCAAAAAAAGCAAGUAGAGAACAUAAUUAUGCACAAAAUUCGUCAGAGCAACAGAACUAAAACUUCUGUUAGAACUAGUCAGGGUGUUUUUACUAAUGCCUAGAAGUGUUUUUUUCCCCUAAGGAUGGUGGCUAACUCUACCUGUUGUUUCUUUGAUUUCCAAGUCCCCUCCACACAAGUACCUAGUUGGAGAUACGUUUCGUCCAAAAGAUAUAUUAAUUCUGAAUAAGAAUCAUGAAGACUUAGGAAACACUCUCAAGCAGGAAGUGGUACUAAUUUAGAUUUAGAUUACGGUCCCACAAUUUUCUCUGUGUUAUAGUAUGGGACAUUUUGAGUUACUCUCACCUGUAUUGCUAUAAAAUCACAUUGUGUCUACUUGUGGCUUACUGACAUUAAUAUUCAUUAACAGAGUUUCUGUUUGGAUUAUUUCUAGUCUCUUACUACUUCUCUUAUGCUUCAUGUAUCAUUAGAUUACAUAGUAGCCAAGUUUACUAAACUAUAGUUCCUUCAUUAAGUUUUUUACAUGACCUGUAAUGAUAUACAUAGAUAUGUCUAGAAUUCAUUUGGUAAAGUUUACACUUAAAAACAUAAAGUAGUGUACUGAGAAGUAUUAAAUUUUCAUCCAGUUCUACUACUAUUGCUUUUAAAAAUAUAAGUAUUGGCAAAUGUAGUUAGUAAGUCAUGUAUAUUUAGUAUGUUCUACUUGGUAGUAUUAUUAACCAUGUAAUUAAGAAAUGAGUGUAUUUAAUGUCCCGUUUUUUGCCUUCUAUUAGGAAUUAUCUUCUGAAUUUAUCUAUAAAUCAGAAUUUUCAGUGUACUCUAUAUUUAGCUAUUCUCAUUUGAAUUUUGGAAUAUUCUACAGUAGAAUGUAAGAAAGCAUUAGAAAUUAAUUUGUUUGAGUAUUUUGAACAAAUAUCGUUAUUUACUAUCAUCAAUAUUCAGCGGUCUGCUACUUUGGGGAUGGUGGUUUAACUUCAGGAAAAUGACUUUUCUCUGACUUCUUUCAUUAUCAUUUGCUUUUUUAACAAUAAAAUUCAUUACAUUUUUGUUUGUUAUUCAGAUGUUGCAAUACUGCCUGCUAGUACUAAUUUGAAAUAGAAAUAACAUUUUAAAAUUCUUAAGUGACUGAUACUACUGGUAUUUUUCAUUGUCAUAAUUUUUCCUAUAGCAUAUCCUUUCCCCUUGUUAGCAUAGAGGACAGGUACCAAUGAGUAGUAAGUAGCCAAAAAAUUGAAUAAAGGGGACAGGGCAGCUUGACAAGCUAGAGAGAAGGCUGGAUGAAGGGUGAGUAGUGAGCACUGCAGUAGUGGAGUUGGUGGAGAUCGUUUCUGUUCCGUCAGAGAAUCUCCGUGAGUUCAUCAUUUUAGCCUUAUCUCUUGUUGAUGCAAUUUUACUCUGAAGAGUUGUUAUGCAGGUAAGCAUUUAGCUUGUGUUAUUUAAUCUAAGGUGUUUACAUUGCUCUUUCUAAGUAGUCAAGUACCUCAAGAAGUGAUUUUUAAUUUUAAAUAAGUAUUGUGUAGUGUAUGUUAGCAUGCAGUAUUAAAAGUGUGGAAAAUGCAGGUAUUUAAUGCAGAGGAGAAAUGAAUAGAUUGCCUGAAGUUUGAAAGAACUGAGACCUUUUCUGCAGGUCUCUCUUGGCAAAGAAGUGAUCCUAAAUGUUACAGAGAAUUUGGUGAUCAGAAGAAAAAAAUCAACAAUUUAAAUAUAAAAGGUUGUUUUCGCUUUAACAUUUGGGAUCUUUGGGAGGUGAUACCGUGAAGGGUCUUUUUGUUAGUAUUUUGAAUUCCCUAUAGCAUGUACUGUAGUGCUUACCAUGAUUUUUCAGCACUUUGAUCCUUUUGAUAUUGAUAGCUUUAUAUUACAUAAACAAAGAUAUGGAUAAAACAGCAACAACAAAAGGUGUGUCUUUUUGUGGCUUUGCUCGCCUGUUUGACUUCAUACAGGGCUGGCUUGCAGGCAGUUAAAUAAAGGGAAGGCUUGUGUGCGUAUUGCAAGCUCUGUGUUCUUGCCAGUAUGCAUAGUGAUACUUUAACCUACUGGUGCCUGAAGUUAGUGUUUUACAACCUCAGCAACUGACACAUCCUGGUGCUAUUCACUGUAGCGCUGAGUGACACUUUUAAUUCCUGUACCAAAGAGUUCAUUUUCUUUUUGGUAGACUGAAAGUUUUCCGUCUCACCUCUUCGUGUUUGUAAAGCAGAAAUGAAUGGUAUUAAGAAUAAUUUUUUACCAGAUCUUCUUUUUGCAACUGCUGCUUCAAUUUAGUCUAUUUGAAAUGUCUGUCAUUUAGAAACCACCUCCCCCGCACCCGCCCAGUUAGAGAGAUUAGUAAGGAUUUUAAUUUUAUGUUUUAAUACUCCUUGGCUACUUUAAAAGAUAGUUCAAUGGGUGGUAGUACCUAAAGGUAAUUGAAGCAGUUUUCAUAGUUUUUUGCUUUUAUUUCUGCAACAAUAAAUAAAAGUAGAUUAGAGUUCUACUUUUAUUUCUGUAAAUGAAUGAUAUAACUUAUUGGGUACUGUCAUGAAUACCAAAACAAAUGCUAAAAUGAAGGGUUAAUAAUGGGCCCGUUUUUACUGAAAAUAAAGACGUUAACAUCGCUUUAUGUAUAUUAUCCUUAGUGGCAUUAAAGAGUGAUAUUGCUACUUUGUCCACUUUGCCAAUAAAGAUAAAGAACACUUUUAAAAUGUUCCCAGUAGGAAAUGUAAAUGUACCUUGAUUUAGGCAAAACUACUAAUAGAAAAUUGAACUUUACAGAAAAAUCAAAGUCUGGAUAUUUUUACUCACUUUACAUGAAAAUUUAGAGUAAGAUUAUUUUGAAAACUAAUUCUACUUAGUGGCUCAUUUUCUAAAGGUGGAGAAAAGCACUCAAAUGUAAUUGUCCAAAUGUAAUACUGCUAUGUAUACUAUACUGAUUCCCUAUUUCUUUCUUCUAAACUUUAAAAACACUAUCAUUUGGUAUCCUUAUAACUGAAAUUGAAAUGGUUAUUCAGGCAAGACGGUAACAAGGUAUCCAUAUUCGAAAAGACAAUCAUAUUUUAAAGUGUUUACAUUAUUUUUGAUCAUCUGAAAUUAGUUCUUCCGUGAUGCAGAUGCAAUACAGUAUAUGGUUUUGCAGUGAAUUCUGAAUGGAAAAAAAGAAUCAAGUCUGAAAUUCAUGUGAAACAUGACUUCAGAUCCUAUGAAUGACAGGCAGGGAUCCAAAUAAACAUAUCAGAGGUGAGAGCAAAAAUCUGUUUGAAAGCAGAAUGGGGUGGAGCAGCAUUCUGUAUCUGACUACUCUGCAGCAGAAUUUCCGAGAUUGUGCUGCCGUUGUAUUGGUUCGGAGUAAUUUAACUUGUCUAAGCGUGCUGUACUGUAGCUGAAUCUACUUAUUUUUCAAGAUGCGAGUACUUGCGAAUUGUCCACUAACCACUGUCUCACAGAGAGAAUAUUAAAAAGUUAACAAAAAGAAAAACUACUUUAGCAUAGGUAUAAAGAAGCAGCUAAAGAUAUAAUAGGAACACUUUCUACCGCAGUCAGAGAUACCGAAACGGGUUGCGAGGCUGCCGCGUGGGUGUGGUGGGAGGCUGUGGGGAGGACGGGCACGCGUGGUCGUGCUCUGUGAGCACCUUUCACGUCUCUGGAACUCGUACUUUGUUUGCUUGCUUAAUGGGCAAAUUUAAUAAAUAGACAAAACACGUGUGAUUUCGAGGCUCCUAAACUUUUAACCCCAAAUUCUGUCCAGUAUUAUAUCCUUUUUAAAAAAUUUUGACUUUUCUUAUAAAGAUCUUGUUUUUAAAUUUGUUAAGCAUUUCCUUUUCAUUCAGUGCAUAAGAUGUGUAAAUCUGAGUGCUGAUUUUCUGCAUUGUUUACUAGUUUACUUUGUUACCAGAAGAGCACUUAAAGAAAGUCUUCACUUAUAUUUCUAAUACUAAUUAUAAUAAGAAGAAGAGUGGUGGAGAUAUUUAAGAGUAUAUUGAGAAGAGGGAGGAAGGUGGGUAGAAUGGGAAUCGUAUCUGAAAUGUGCUUGUUUCAAUGUGAAGUCUGCACUGGUUCUUAACAUGAAAAACUACGUAUCUACCUUAAGAACAAUGUUGUUUUUAAUUUAUUUUAGUGAUCUGGUUUUAUUCAUGUAAUAGUCUAUUUUCUUUGCAGAUUGUUUUUAAUUUAAAUUGUGUGGAAUUUUUACUUGUCUUGAAAUGUAUUAUGUACUGUAUUUUUAGAAAUCUUAUUUUUAAAUAAAUAUUUUUUAAAAACAUAA